GGGUGGUGGUGCCUUAUCAAUCCAAAGAAAGAAAGUGAUGUCCUUUAACUUUUUAUAGUGAGAAUUGAAUACAAAGGCAUAGAAUAUAAGCCCAAUUAAUCACUUAAAAAAAGGAAAGAAAGGAAACAUUAGAGAUUAGGGGUCUCCAUAUAGCUGGUAAAACCCACCCAAAACCACAUCCCCACAAAACCUCCUCGCCCUCCUAUUUUCCUCUCUCUCCCCUCCCAUAUCUCCCUCCCUAAUCCCUUAUGGCCUAUGGGGCAAAGAAAGAAGCAUGAAGAGUAGAGAGAGAGAGAUGGGAAUUGGGAAAGGAUACUUGUCCCUCUUCUCCUUAAUUUCUAAACGGACCUUCUCGCUCUAAAAACGCCGUUACAUCGGACCACCCCGUUAAAAUCACGUGCCUUCAACACAACAAAAGCACUCCUUCGUUUCGUUUAUGGCCCUUGAGCGGCUAAGCCCAUCAGCGGCGCCCGUCGAUGGAGACCCAAACGUCGUCCCUCUCUCUAACGGUGUUGAAGGAGCCGACGACGGCAACAGACCACCGAGGCUUCCUCGGUGGACGAGACAGGAGAUACUCGUCCUCAUCCAAGGCAAGAAGGUUGCAGAGAACCGGGUCCGCAGGGGUCGAGCCGCCGGUUCAGCUUUUGGGUCCAACAUUGAGCCCAAAUGGGCUUCUGUGUCGUCGUACUGCAAACGGCACGGCGUGAACCGUGGACCAGUUCAAUGCCGGAAACGAUGGAGCAACCUCGCCGGAGAUUUCAAGAAGAUCAAAGAAUGGGAAUCGCAGAUAAAGGAAGAAGCCGAAUCGUUCUGGGUCAUGAGGAACGAUUUGAGGAGAGAGCGGAAAUUACCGGGUUUUUUCGAUAGAGAGGUGUACGAUAUCUUGAACGGGGGGACAGCGACGGUGACGGAACCAGAAACGGUGGCAAUUGAUGUUAAGAACACUGAAAAGACGGAAGGGGUGGCGGAGGAGGACGAGGCGGUAUUCGAUAGCGGUCGUAGCGCGGCGGCGGAAGAAGGGCUGUUUUCCGAUUUUGAGCAAUCGGGGCAGGAAGAGGCUGGCGGUAGCUCAGAGAAAGAGGCGGCGACGGGGAGUCCUGCAACGGCUGUGCCUGCUCCGGUGCCUAUUUCUGAGAAGCAGUACCAUCCGUUUUCCAAAGGACAUCUAGAUCAAGGUACAAGUGAAAAGCAGCCAACUGCAAAUCCUGAAAAAGAAUCUACGUCUCAGGAGGGAAGGAAGCGGAGGCGGUUGCCAUCAGAUGGAGGUCAUGACACCAGUCUGCAGGACCAAUUAAUUGAAGUCCUAGAGAGGAAUAGUAGAAUGCUUACUGCACAACUUGAAGUUCAGAACAUGAAUUGCCAAUUGGACAGGGACCAGCGUAAGGACCAUGCUGAUAGCUUAGUGGCUGUUCUUAGUAAGCUUGCAGAUGCUCUAGGAAGAAUAGCAGAUAGGUUAUAGCCAAGCCAUACGAAUCAGUGUACAUAGGAUGGAUUCUAGCUGAGCUCUGUGGUUAGAGCUGAGGAGUUGGGUGAAAUAAACUUAAUUAUUUGAUCUGAAGCGAGCAUUCGGAUUGGUUUUUAUCAGGUAUUAAUGUAAAGUUCCUUCGUCCUCUCGUAGUCUCACUUCUCCUUGCUUAUUCAUCUUUUGAUGCUUAUUGCCCAUUAUAGGAUUCAUACAAAGAUAAUAAACCAUAGGAAGCUGAAAGAGAGUUCAGUACCAUACAUUUUUAUCCAUGUUAAAAGAAUUGACGUUUUUCAUGGUUUGAUGCCUGUAUAUUGAUUGAUUGAUUCUAGUGAGCAAUUUAAGUUUCUUGGUAUCUGUGUUGUUUUGUCAUUCAAUACAUCACGCUUCCUGCUGAAAUGUUACCGAACUCAAUGGGGACUUCUGAAUCAAGAGUUCAAUUUCCAUAAGUUUGUUAUGAGGGAUGCUUUGCUUCAUAACUUCAUUGCCAAUACAAAAGAAGCAUGCCACAUACAUUCAUCUGCCAUGACCAUUGGGUCACUAUAUUGUUUGACUGGAGCAUUGCUAAGUUAAUGGCACCACAGCCCACAAGACUAUGCGAAAGACAUAGCUCAAGUUGUUUAGGUUCACUUUUGGGUGUUGAAUUUGUUGGGUUCGGGCUUAAAUGGCGGGAUAGUCAACUGCUUGUAUAUGGACUUCUCACUCUUGAUGUACAGGACAUACGUACGUGAUAAAGAACAAG